AUGGCCAAUCUACGAAUCUCAACAUUCGGUUGUGGACGUCUCUUUGGUCGUAGAAACAAUACACUUAAGCUUGUUCUGGUCAUUUUAUUGUUUGGAACCUGUCUAUGGAUCUCCAUUUUGAGAUUUCGGAUUGAUUUCAGUGAUUCUCGGAUGAGAACUAAAGUCAUUUUUUCGCCAGAAGAGAAAACCCUAAAGGAUAUACCCGAAAAAACUUGGAUAUCUGAUCUAAACAAAUUAACAGAUGAUAGAACUAGUUUUUUCAAAAGAGAACAGUUUACUGAUGAAGCAUUAAAGAAAAAUGGGUUGAUUCCUGUGACUGCGAUCAUGUUGAACUGGGGAAGAGUCGAGAAUUUACGAGUUUUGAAUUUCAAACUUAAUAACACCGACGUGAUCUUGAAUGUGUUCAACUCAGUUGAAAAUCUUCAGGAUCUAUCCAAAUACAUCAUCUGUUCGAUGGCAAAAUACGAUUACUGCUAUUUCCAGGAUGACGAUUGGUUGAACUUAUACAUGGAUAGUGUUUACAUCAAUUUCUUAAGAAGCCCAAGUUUAAUUCAUUCCAACACCAUGCCAAUUAUCCAUUUAGAGCACAGAAGGUGGACGUUUUCCAAUAAGGACAAAAACCUUCAUACCGGAUUUACGUGGUUAGGAUGCGGAUCGUUUGUUCCGCGUGCAAAAGUGUUUCGAUUUUUGGGACAAGUUGGCUCAACUUCCUUGGGGAGAGAACGUCUACGAUUGUUGGACAUUUAUUUUUCUCUGUGGACAAAUCAAUAUCCUUAUCAACUUUCAAGCCCUUUGGCCCCUUCGGAUCAGAUAAACGGCUGGAGCAACGGCGUCGAUCAAUGGUCCGUGGUCUAUGCCAAUAUUCUCGACGCGGUUCAAAAAUUGUACACCGCCUUGGCUACUAACACCGAUUCCCAGCAAUUUAUGCGCAAAGAAGAAGAACCAUAUUACUCGAACCGGGAUGUAAGAUGUUUAUUUAUCACCAAUAUUGAUCCAUUUCCGUAUCCAUCGAGUGUGUAUUAUACCAACAACAUCACACAUGUUCGAGAACAAGAGGCCAAAUUCAAUGCGUUGACUUUUCCAAGCAACAAAUUCUGGAGCAAACAUGCUUAUCACAAUGCCGUGGAUAUGAACUCGAAUACGUGCUGGAAUUCUUUCAAAAUUCCCAAGAUCGACGAUUAUUUCGGGCUACAAUUCGUUGAACCACGAAUGUACAGCAAGAUUACGAUCGUGUCUUCAAAAGUUAUCAGCAACUUCAACGAAUCCUUCAUCAUUGAAACUUCCCCGGAUGGGAAUGAAUGGCAAAUUUGUGACAAUAAAUCCUCUUCGCAAGAUCAUACCGAUCCGUCAUUGAUUCCAUCAAGCCACAGCAUUACAAUGAGGUUUGAUUGUAGAUCUGCGAGAACUGACGAGAAUAGGUCAUUCGGUUUUAUUAGACUCCGGACGAUAAGAAAUUUCACGGAGCCAAUUGAAAUUUGCUCUUUAAUCCUAGAUGGAUUAAGCGUGUAG